GCUCCCGCGGCCGCGGCAUAAACCGGCGGCCGCGCCCAGUGCUGUCGCUGUCCCUGCUGGACGGCGGGGAGGAGAGCGGUGCUCCCGCGGGAGCCGGGCGGAGGCUGCGGCGGCAGCUCCCCUCCGGCCGAGGGGCUGUGCCUGGUGGCGGCGGGGCGUGGAGCUGCGGGGCACGGGCGCGCCGCCUCCACCUCCCGGUUGCCGCGGCCUCGCUCGCUCGCACGGCGGCGGCGGCGGCGGCGGCAGCAGCAGCAGCAGCAGCAGCUGGCUCCGGCGGGCUCCCCUCAUUGUCUGCCCGCGGGCAGAGGGCUGCGCUGCCCGCCCGCCCCUCGCCUUUGUGUGCUCCGGCCGGCACGGGUUGGCGCUGCGCCCGCCGGGAUGCGCGCUGCGGGGCGGCGGGGGGUCCGCUCCUCCCGGUGAGAGGCGGGGAGGGACCCAGCCUCUGCCCCGGAGGUUUUUCACCCGCAGAAGGCGGAGGAGGGGGACUAUGGACUGAGCGCAUCGGUGUACCAUGGAGUCCGGCAUCCGCUUGAGCACGCUCUGCCUUCUCUUCUGCCUGGGGCCAGUUGCAGGCUUUGGCGUGGACCCCUCGCUGCAGAUCGACGUGCUGUCCGAGCUACAGCUAGGAGGCUCCGCGGAGGGCGUGCGCCAGGUGCCGGGGCUGCACAACGGGAGCAAAGCCUUCCUCUUCCCAGAUACCUCAAGAAGUGUCAAGGCAUCUCCGGAAACAGCUGAAAUCUUUUUUCAGAAAUUAAGAAAUAAAUAUGAAUUCACAAUCCUGGUGACCUUAAAACAAGCCCAUUUGAAUUCAGGGGUUAUUCUCUCUAUUCAUCAUUUAGAUCACAGGUACCUGGAGCUGGAAAGCAGCGGUCAUCGAAAUGAAAUCAGGUUGCAUUAUCGUUCAGGCAGUCAUCGCUCCCACACAGAAGUAUUCCCAUACAGUUUGGCAGAUGAUAAAUGGCACAGGCUUUCCUUAGCAAUCAGUGCCUCUCACUUGAUUUUACAUGUGGACUGCAAUAAAAUUUAUGAAAGAGUUGUGGAGAAGCCCUUCAUGGACUUACCUUUGGGUACAACCUUUUGGCUGGGACAAAGGAAUAAUGCACAUGGUUAUUUUAAGGGCAUAAUGCAAGAUGUGCAAUUACUUGUCAUGCCUCAAGGAUUUAUUUCUCAAUGCCCAGAUCUUAAUCGCACAUGCCCAACUUGUAAUGACUUCCAUGGACUCGUGCAGAAAAUUAUGGAAUUGCAAGAUAUUUUAGCCAAAACAUCAGCUAAGUUGUCCCAAGCUGAGCAGAGGAUGAACAAGUUGGAUCAGUGCUACUGUGAAAGGACCUGCACAAUGAAAGGCAUGACUUACAGAGAAUUUGAAUCCUGGACAGAUGGCUGUAAGAACUGCACUUGCAUGAAUGGUACCGUGCAGUGCGAGGCUUUGAUUUGCCCCGUCUCUGACUGCCCGCUUAACUCUGCCCUGGCAUAUGUGGAUGGCAAGUGCUGCAAAGAAUGUCAAUCGGUGUGCAUAUUUGAAGGCAGAACCUACUUUGAAGGACAAAGAGAAACUGUGUAUUCAAGCUCAGGGGACUGUGUUCUGUUUGAGUGCAAGAACCACAAAAUGCAGCGUAUUCCAAAAGACAGAUGUACAGCUUUGAACUGCCCAGAAUCUCAACAGAUCCCCUUAUCUCACAGUUGCUGCAAAAUCUGUAAAGGCCAUGACUUUUGCACUGAAGGACAUAACUGUAUGGAGCAUUCGGUCUGCCGAAACUUAGAUGAUAGAGCCGUCUGUAGCUGCCGAGAUGGCUUCCGAGCCCUCCGAGAAGACAAUGCCUACUGUGAAGAUAUUGAUGAGUGUGCCGAAGGACGGCAUUACUGUCGUGAGAAUACCAUGUGUGUAAAUACUCCAGGAUCCUUCAUGUGCAUCUGCAAAACUGGAUAUAUACGCAUUGAUGAUUAUUCAUGUACAGAGCAUGAUGAGUGUAUAACAAACCAGCACAACUGUGAUGAAAAUGCGCUCUGCUUCAACACUGUGGGUGGGCACAACUGUGUCUGCAAGCCAGGUUACACAGGAAAUGGUACCAUCUGCAAAGCGUUUUGCAAAGAUGGGUGUAGGAACGGAGGAGCCUGUAUUGCUUCCAAUGUGUGUGCCUGCCCACAAGGCUUCACUGGGCUCAGCUGCGAAACUGACAUUGAUGAAUGCUCAGAUGGCUUUGUUCAGUGUGACAGCCGUGCUAACUGCAUUAACCUGCCUGGUUGGUACCACUGUGAAUGCAGAGACGGCUACCAUGACAAUGGGAUGUUUUCACCAAGUGGAGAAUCCUGUGAAGACAUUGAUGAAUGUGGAACUGGAAGGCAUAGCUGUGCCAAUGACACUGUUUGCUUUAACUUGGAUGGUGGGUACGACUGUCGAUGUCCCCAUGGCAAGAACUGCACAGGAGACUGUAUCCAUGAAAACAAAAUCAAGCACAACGGUCAGAUUUGGGUGCUGGAGAAUGACAGGUGCUCUGUCUGCUCAUGCCAGAGUGGAUAUGUGAUGUGCCGGCGAAUGGUCUGUGACUGUGAAAAUCCCACUGUUGACCUCUUUUGCUGCCCUGAAUGUGACCCAAGGCUCAGCAGUCAAUGUUUACAUCAGAGCGGGGAGCUUUCCUAUAACAGCGGUGAAUCCUGGAUACAGAACUGUCAGCAGUGUCGCUGUUUGCAAGGUGAAGUUGACUGCUGGCCCUUGCCAUGCCCAGAGGUGGAUUGUGAAUUCAGUGUCCUCCCUGAGAACGAGUGCUGCCCGCACUGUGUCACUGACCCCUGCCAAGCAGACACCAUUCGCAAUGACAUCACUAAAACCUGUCUGGAUGAAACCAAUGUCGUUCGCUUCACUGGAUCUUCUUGGAUUAAGCAUGGCACAGAGUGCACUCUCUGCCAGUGCAAGAAUGGCCACGUCUGUUGCUCAGUGGAUCCACAGUGCCUUCAGGAACUGUGACACCAACAACCAUCUCUCACAAGCAGUUUCUGGUUAAAGAAUUUUCCUUCACAAUAAAGACCUUUAGACCAAAAAUCAUUCAAAAUUAAAACUAAAAUUAGAUUGGGUUUGUCCACCUAAAGUGCAGAUACGUGAUGAACUCAGUUACCUGAAUCAGAGUGAAAUUUAUGGGAUUCAAGACAUGCUCAGAUGUGUAUACCUUUGUAUGAGGUUAAGCCCAAAUCUUCCGGCUAUUUGUCUGUCUGGCAUCAUUGUGCAGAAUAUUUAGGUUAGUGUAAAGUGACACAUUGUAAUGCUGUACCUAACGAUGUCAAGAUCCAAAAGCAACUAGGAGCUCUUAGAGAGUCUUCCAAAGCUUUAAGACUCUAACACUUGACCAGAUACAGAGAGUUUUACCUAUUCAUAUUUGGAACUGCACAAAUGUGUUUGAUUGCUUAAUGCAGAAUUUAGCAGACAUUUGAGUAAAAGGAUGAAGCCUUCAGGAAUAAAGAACCUAGCAGCUAAAAUAUGGUAUGUACAGUAUGUGCGCUGAAAAAAAAAAAAAGAAGAAGUUAUUGUAAAAACAAAAACAAAAAAACCUAAAAAAAAAUCAAAAAGAAAACCCGUGGUGCACAGGCAUGGCUUCUUAAUGUUUUCUGAUGGAAAAAGUCAUCAAUAUUUCCUUGUUUUACUGCACUUACUAUUAUUUCUUGGUUGAAUUUGUUCAGUAUAAGCUCGUUAUUGUGCAAAUUUAAAUAAAUAUUUCUGUUAUGUUAA